AUGGCUCUAGCUGUUAGCGAAAUAGCAACUGAAAUUAUGCCCACUGUAAGCAAUGAAAAGUUACAGUCAUCAACUGUAAACUAUAUUUUGUACACAUAUGCAUAUGUGGUUAUCGGUAUAUUGCUAAUAUUGAUCAACAUUCCCACUUUUAUGGUUGUGGUCAAUGACAAAGCACUCAGGAGCUCUUACUUAGUUCUUGCGGUUAUUUUCCUUAACAGUGGAUUUAUGGGGAUCAGUUCGAUAUUACUUGGAGUGAAACGAUUAAUUGAUACUGUUGAUGGAGAGCGAUGUAUCGAUCAUCACAAAUGCGUCCUCAAU